CCUGUUUUGGUCAAUUGAUCUGGACAGAGACAGUUUAACCUGUUCGACUGUUGACAUCAACAGCACCUAUUAUUAUAACCUAUAUUAUAUCAGUUCCGAGAAGGAAAAAAAGGAGAGAUCAAAAAAAAACCCUGCUACAUUUAGUUAUCCUAUAGUUGUCUAAAUUAUAGCAUUCCCAUCAGCGACGGAAAGAAAAGGAAAAAGGAAAGAAAAGAAAAGAAAAAAGCAAACACCGAACAAGUCUCAAGACAAGCAAGACAACAAAAACAACAAGACGGGUUGGGCAUCAAAACCUCCCAAGGACCCUUCUCGAAUCGAGGCAGCGAAUACUGAUCCGAUACUUGUGUGCCGUGCGAAGGGUCCCCAUUGGGCUGCGAUGUACUAUAUCCUCUAUCUGGCGAGCCUCUGCCGCCGUCGCCGCUGGCCAGAACCCCAGUACGAAAGCUACCCCAGUUCAGCCAAGGGGUACACGUGUAUCGUCCGCGUCAAUAAUCGCGAGUACCAGACCGACGGGGUCUGUGAGUCCGAGGGCCUCGCCCGCGAACACGCCGCCAUGCGCGCAUACCUGAUCUGCCGCAACUUCUCCGUCAACGACGGCAUGUACCCUGUUGGACAUGAUCAUGGGGGUGUCGUUCAGGGGAUCCCCGUGGCGAUCGGAACGGGGCGGAAGGCUCGGUAUGCCGAUGAGGAUCUUGCGACGACUGCUAGCAGCAGCAGCAGUAGUCGCAGUGGGGGAAGCAGUAGUCCGGAAAGCUACGAUGGGAGGUUCGAUAUGGCCUUCCAGGGGAUUUAAUCCCCUUUAUCUGUUCCUGCCUGGUUACUUGGGCACCUAGGGCACCCUAGGUGGUGAGUACUGGUUGGUCCGUUACGAUUCAAUGACAGACACGACGCCACGAUUAGAUCACGAAAAUGAGGAGUUCAUGAAUGAUGGCCAUACGGUAUGCCGCAUAGAUAAUGCUUUAACACAGACUGCAUGGAGAGUGGUGUAGCUGAAUUCAACAAGUACAUUUGUAGACUUAAGACAUGAUAUAGUACCUACUCUAUCUAAUCUA